UAUAUUCGAUGAUUGGUCAACGGCUAUCUUGUGGAGAAGUGACGCAAUUUUCUUGGCCACAUCCGAAGUCAGAGGGAGGGUAAAUUUUAAUGGCAGUCACUGGCGCUGUAAAAUAAAAUAAGUCCGGAAUCUGGGAGGAAUUCAUGACAAUUUCGGUUAUCAAUGUAGCUCUUUAAACGCGUGUUUUUCCUGGUACAUCUGCGUCGUAUUUGUAAACGGUAGCUAUCGUUGUUUCACGAAGUUAAGGCUUGUUUUGUGCGAUUACAGUACGCCGGAGUCAGACUAGGCCCAGCCGGGUGCAGAAGAAGCGGUCCCACUGAGUUGAGAGAGGUGUGUUUUCGGUGUUUUAAAGCGCAUUUCGGACCAUAUCUUGUUUUAAUAUGUAACUAGGUACCUAAUUUUGAGAGAUGCAUUUCGACACCUUUUUGUUACAGAAAAUAACAUCUUUAACGUUGCAUUUGCUGGCUAGCAAACGUUUAACGCGUUAGACAUGUAAACAUCGCUAGCUACAGUUAGCAGUUACGUUAGCUAAGUACUAUACAUAGCUAAUGCUGGUCUUUUUCUUACAUUGGCCCAGUCAGCGGUGUCAUGAGUUGAGCGUUACUAGUUGGCCAGUGAGCUUGCUACGCAACAUCGCGCCUAUGUUUAAUUUCAAUGUGUAACUAGUUAGCUGGUUAACUAGCUGUUAACGUUACUAGUGCUGACAAUAUCAUAGAUUGAGAUCAGUGUUGAAAGGAAACGUUAGCUAACUAGAGCUGGAUAGCUAUCUAGCCGAAUAAACUAACAUUGCUUGAGCUUAGUCGGCUAAUUAGAUGCUGUAGGUAGCUACUGUGGUUUUAGUGAAUCCAUCAUUGCAAUGACCCCCAUCACACCUAAUUUAUUAGCAACGUAAUCUCGAACCUCAGCGGCAGAGCUAAAGCGGAUAGCUAGUCGUUUGAUUUAAUCAGCUACUACAUUAUAAACUGUAUUCAGGGAAAAACAACAUCCAAUCUAUUUUGCAGAGAAUAUGUAACAUACAUCAACAUGACAUCCAGAUUUGGUAAAACCUACAGCCGUAAGGGAGGGGAGGCCAACUCCAAAUUUGAUGAGGUCUUCUCCAACAAGAAGGCCACACUGAGCACCAAAUGGGGAGAAACCACUUACAAGGCCCAGCUGGGCUCCAAGCGGCCCCUUCAAAAGCCUGAGGUAGUCGAGUUACUCAAGAGGCCCCGCAUUGAGGAUGAUGACAGCUCAGAGGAUCCUUUUGGUUUUGACAGCGACGAUGAGUCCAAUCCUGUCACCUCCCACAGUGUGCCCCAGUCUGAACCAGCUGAAGGUGAGGCCAGUAAUACGCCACCUGCUACAACCACAGUCCCAGUGGAUAACAGUAGGAACAGCACAGCUACAGGCAAGCAAACAUUGUCUAAUGAGGGUGCAGAAAAGAGUAGCCAGUCCUUGUACAGAAGUAAAUCGGACAGUAACCAGAAGCCUAUUGCUCAGUCCUCUGUUACAAAGACUGUGCCCAAGGACCCCUAUGUGGAAUGGAGCUUAAUAGGGACCCAGAGGUCUUCUACCUCCUCCACUAGUAUGGACCCUCUCCAGGAAAAAGACUCAGCUGAGGCACCAGGGUUUAGCGGAGACUCACAGUUCUCUUCUUCCCAGGAUGGGCUCUCAGCUGGGAUGAAAAGUGCUCAACAGGAGGCCCCGGCCGAGCCUGUUGUUGACAACCUUCCCCCCUCCCCGUUCCUCCUCAGGCCCUGCAACACUAGGAAAUACAUCCGUCCCAAACCCAACAAGGCCUCUGACGUUCCAGAUGCUUCUACUGCUUGCGACGUCAAACUGCCUGUAGCCGCCAGCGUUCGGGCUGCACUGAAGUCCAACAGUGUGUCCGUUGCCAGCGGUAGCGGCGGUGCUAAUGCUAGCACAACGGUGGCCAAACCUGCUGGCAGGGGUCGGGUACGGGACUACACGGUGCUGCAUCCAUCCUGCCUGUCGGUGUGUAACGUCACCAUCCAGGACUCCAUAGAGCGCAGCAUGGACGAGCUCAUCACCAGCACACCCCCUACUGACCUGGGGGAGGUGGGACGGCUGAGGAAGAAGGCAGACGUACCUCCAGCCAAACCCAACAGGUUCCGCACCACCCAGAGUAAAUCCAAGAAGGAGACCAAGCUGGAAUUUUUCGGCUUUGAGGACAAGGGUGACCAGGAGGGGGAGGAUGGUGCGGACCCCACGGCCGGCGGCAGCAGCUACAAGAUCAAGUACUUUGGCUUUGACGACCUCAGCGAGAGCGACAGCGACGAAGAGGAUGGCACCCAUGUCAAAGUGAAGAGGAAGGCCAAGGAGGCUGCAGCAGUGGCGGUAGCAGCCAUGGCUGUUAGUGUGCAUAGCCCUCAGCCCAGCGACUCUCAGGACAGCCAGAGCAGCAGCAAUACAGAUAUUCUGGAGUUUUCUGAUGACUCUAACUUUGGUGGGUCUGAAGAGCAGAAGGGUCGUUCAGGAAAACAAGGGGACACAUCCAAGGACAUUGGCAGGAAGAUCUUCAGUGGACCAAAAAAGUCCCCUGCUAAAGCUGUGUACAAUGCUCGCCACUGGAACCAGCCUGAGCCUGAGGAGAUUCCCCUGCCACCCCUUGCCUGCGCACACACUGCUCCGGCCAGCAUAUCGAGCGGAAGUAGCAAGGACACCAAUUCUCACAAAGACGACGGUCUGUUCAAAGCGCCUCCCCCACCGCCCAAAGUCAUCAAGUCUGUGACCAUCCCCACUCAGCCUUACCAGGACAUCGUCACAGCUCUCAAAUGCAGGAAGGAACACAAGGAGCUGUACACGGUUGUGCAUAAUGUGAAGCACUUCAACGAUGUGGUAGAGUUUGGUGAAAACCAGGAGUUCACUGAUGACUUUGAGUACCUGGAGACAGGCCUGAAGAGCAGCCAGCCACUCAACACACGAUGCCUUAGUAUAAUCAGUCUAGCCGCAAGGUGUGCAAUGCCCAGUUUCCGGAUGCACCUACGGGCCAGAGGGAAGGUGGCUCAGGUCUUCAAGAUGUUGAAUGAUGCCCCGCUGCAUCCGAACCUGGCCCUGUGUACGGCCUCUCUGAUGUACAUCCUAAGCAGAGACAGGUUAAACAUGGACCUGGACCGGGCCAGUCUGGAGCUGAUGAUCAGACUGUUGGAGCUGGAGCACGACCACUCGGGCCACCACCAGGACCAGCUCACUGCCAAGGAGAUGACCAAGGUCAAGGAGAAGAUCCGCAAGCUAUGUGAGACGGUUCACAACAAGCACCUGGACUUGGAGAACAUCACGUCGUGUCACCUGGCCAUGGAGACCCUGUUGUCUCUGACCUCGAAGAGGGCCGGGGACUGGUUCAAAGAGGAGCUGCGCUUACUGGGAGGCCUGGACCACAUUGUAGAUAAAGUGAAAGAAUGUGUUCAGAACCUGAGCCAAGAGGAAGACAAGGAGAAGCUGGUGUCAUCGCUAUGGGGGGCAGAGAGGUGUCUAAGAGUACUGGACAGUGUGACUGUCCAGAACCCAGAGAACCAGGGCUACCUGAUCGCCUACAAGGACUCUCAGCUCAUAGUGUCCUCUGCCAGAGGUUUGCGGUACUGUGAGGACAUGAUUCAGCGCUACAGCCGGGAGGUGAACAGCUCUCUGUGUUCGUCAGGCACGGCGCUGCCCCACUGCAGCUUCAGCAACGUGGGCAAGGCCGUUGAGGACUGCAUGAGGGCAGUCAUAGGGGUGCUACUCAAUCUCACCCACGACAAUGAGUGGGGAAGCACUAAGACUGGAGAGCAGGACCGGCUCAUCAUCACAGCACUCAACUGUGUCCUACGGGUCCCACGCUACAUACCUCAGGAACAACGCUUUGACAUCAGAGUCCUGGGCUUGGGUCUGCUGAUUAACCUGGUGGAGUACAGUGCCAGAAACCGCCACUGUCUGGUGGACAUGGAGUUCACCAGUUCAACCAGCCCUGAAGGCAUCCAGGGAGAGGCAGGGGGAGAAGAGACCCAGACCCCUGAAGGCAUCCAGGGAGAGGCAGGGGGAGAAGAGACCCAGAACCCUGAACAAUUCCUAGCCUCCACAGAUCCAGCUACAGCAGCCCUUACAGAGGGUGAGGCUGAGAAGAAGACCAAGGGCUCCUCUUCAAGUGCCCUGGCUGCUCUGGUGCAGUUCUUCUUGGAGCGGGAGCGAGCAGCCAUAUUGGCUGAGGCGCAGACUGAUGACCUCAUCAGCGAACCUCCCAAGCCCCAGGACCAGAGCGGGGAGUGGCAGGAGACAUCGGGCGAGAUCCAGUGGGUCGCUGCAGAAACCAACGACGGUGAGAAUGACAAGGAAAAGGACACAAAGAAAGACGAAGAAGACGAGGAGCUGGAUCUCAACAAAGCUCUGCAGCAUGCUGGGAAGCACAUGGAGGACAGCAUUGUGGCUUCCUACACAGCUCUGCUCCUGGGUUGUCUAUGUCAGGGCAGUCAGGUUAAUGUGACAACUGUGCGGGAAAACCUUCCCAAGGGAGAUUUCUCAAUAAUGACAGAAAUGCUGAAGAAGUUCUUAAAUUUCAUGAACCUUACUUGUGCAUUUGGCACCACAGGGCAUAAGUCCAUCUCUCGUGUCAUAGACUAUCUGGACCACUGUUAGUGAACUCUUCUUUGCACUCUUGAGUGCAGAUAAGGGGACAUCUUUUCAGAUCUGGCAACCCAACAAGGGUCCCACCAGAUCUGGCAACCUUAGCAAGGUUAUGUCAGAUGUGGCAUCCCCAGCAGGACGGGCUGUACAGAGAAUCCACCAGAGAUCAUCGGUGUCCCAACAGUGUCCCCGGCAUUGCUUCAACAUGUGUUCUCAUUCUGAAGAACAAGACACACACCACACGAACACAAUGGACUGUGAUGGUUGUAGAAAAGGGAAGGGAACUGUAGAAAGCCCCGCUAAAUUUCAGUUCUGAUUAUGACCAUUUGCAUAAGCUCGCGGUCAAGUUGAAAUCUUCUGGAGUUUUCUUCAAUGCUUGUUUAAGUUAUUCUCACAAGGUCAUGUAAUGUAACAUCAUUCUACAUUUUAAGAAAUCAUCAGUUCAGGAUGACUGAUGUUAUUUAAGUAUUUGUUUUUAAAUAAUGGCACUUGAAUACUUUAAAAAAAUUGUUUUACUCAUUGCCCUUCCAAAUUUGACUUUACAGUCAAACUGAGUUUUGUGUUUUAAAUUUGCAAUUGGUCGUUUUUAUGAUUGUGGUUAUGCUGUGUGAGAUGCUUCAAGUCUCUACAGUUCCUUACCUUUUACAUGUUCCACCUAACACAUCACUUGAAGUGGCUGGAUAUAUUAACUGCUGUUUGUACGGUUUUCAUCACACUCCCAGAAACCCUGGUAAACCGGACUAACAUUAAUAAUAACCAAACCUCGGCCAACUGGCAUAAUCCUCAUUGAACAUUGUUGUUUGCCCAUACUGUGGGUGUCAGUGGUGGUUAGUGGCACUUUAAAUGAAGACGGUCUCAUGGUAAUGGUUGGAAUGGCCACACGUUUGGUACCAUUCCAUUCACUCCAUCCAUUACUACGAGCCGUUCUCCCCUCACCAGCCUCCUCUAGUGGGCAUUGUAUCUUACCACUUCAAGUAGCGCUGAUCCAGAACCAAGCCCAGGGUUCACCACCUGGUCCUGGACAGGGGGUGCAGGUUGCAUCCAGCCCUGCAGUAAUUAUCAAAAGCCUGCACACCUAGUACCCUGCGUUGGUGAUCCCUGUCCUAACCCCAACCCCCCUAGGCACCCCCAAGUCUGUGAGCACUGGAUAGUAAAAUGGUGACAAUUCUACCUAGUUUAUCGGAGGGAAAAGUGAAGUAACUACCAUACUGCUUAUACCUAUCCUUUCCGAUCUGCUUGUGGUGGUAGCCUCUGGACAGGGCUGUAGGUAGUGUUUCUUUACUGCCCCUUGUGUCUUAAGUCAUCAUGUUGGACAUGACCUUCCUACUCUGAGCGGUGAACCAGUACCCCUAAACCUCCUUUCAGCUACUCUAACUAGUCCUGUGCUCCAAUAAGAUACUGAUUGAAUGACUGCCAUACAGAUUUCAUUUGGCUCUGAUUUGUAGAGCUGCAAUUGAACAGACAUGUUACCUGCAAGUUGAGUUGCAAAUCUAGGAUGUAUUCAUAAUGACGAUUCUGUUGCAAAAUGUUUUUACAAACAAAACAAGGGUUUCUAUUGGACAAAUUCAGUUAGGUCCGUUCCGUUUUUCUGUUUGCUUCCGUUUGGUUGUUAAACGGUUUCUAUAAUGAAAUGAAUUUCAGAAUGUAAACACCUGUAAAUAGUGGUUAGUGGAUGUUAGAAUGCUAGACUACUUUUCUGAAGCUGAUUAUUUUUAUUUUCUACAAUAUUUCUGAGUUGUCAUUUUGAAGUAAAAGCAAAAAAAUACAAAGACCGCUGCAGGACGGAAAAAGUUUGUACCGGUUUUGAGGACGUUGUCUUUGAUUACAUGUAAAUAAUUGUAACUCAAAUAUAAAGUUACUUUCAGUACACCACUG